AUGGUGAUGGACGCGUCGGCGGCGGCGGCGCCCGCGGCGGUGCCGGUCGCGCUGGCGGGGCCGGUGGUGGACGGCGUGAGCGCGCUCGACUGCAGCCCGCAGGGCCUGGCGGCGUUCAGCAGCGGCGCCGCCAUCAGCAUCGUCGACCUCGCCAGCAUGCAGCUCGUCCACACGCUCGUCGCGCCUCCGCCGCCCCUCGACCGCUCCGGAGGCCUCGCAGGCGGCGCGGCGGAGACGGCCGGCGUGGUGGUUCCGGUGACGGCGGCGCGGUUCAAGCCGGGCGGGCUGGACCGCGACCUCGCGCACCUGUCGAGCCUGCAGCUGGCGGCGGGCGACCGCGCGGGGCGCGUGGCGCUGUGGGAGGUGGUGCGCGAGGAGGUCGACCGCUGGCUGCUGCCCGACCGCGCGGGGGGGACGGCGGGGGGAGCGGGGGGCGCGGGCGGGAGCGCGGGGGGCGGGGCAGCGGGGUCGGUGGACGCGGUGGAGUGGGUGAUGGGGCGGCCGUGGCUGCUGGCCGUGCUGCACGCCAGCUGUGCCGCCGUCGUCUGGGACCUCUCCUCCUCCUCCGCCGCCUCCUCCUCGCCCGCCGCCGCAGCCACGGCGACGCCACGUGUCAUCUGGCGGUACGACGGGUCGGCGUCGCCCACGGGCGAGCUGCUGGUGUCACUGGCGCUGGACCCCCACGACCCGCGGCGGCUGUGCGUGCACGGCGCGCGCGGCCUCGUGCUCGCACUGCAGGUCGACCUGGGCGCGCAGGGCAAGGGGGGCGCGGGGGGGAGCGGGGGAAGCGGGGGGAACGGGGGGGGAGCAGGUAAGGAGAGGGGCGUGAGCAUCAAAACCACCACGCUGCAGCUGCCCCUGCCAGAGCCCGCCGGUGGAGGGGGCGGGGGAGGGGGAGGGGGUCCGAUGGGGGCGGGAGCAUCGGUGGUGGCGUGUGCGUUCGCCCCGCACACGCGCGACCUGCUGUACGCGGUGCUGCCACGGGACAUUGUGUGCUUCGACCUGCACUUCGGGUGCGCCGUGGCCUCCUCCUCCGUGCCUCGCAGUGUGGCGCGCCUGACCCGGCUGCUGCUGCCGCCCUCCAGCGACGUGCUCUACUGCCUCCACGCCGACGGAAAACUCUCCAUGUGGCAGCGCCGCCCGUACGCCUGGGGGGGGCAGGGGGGGGGGGGAAGAGUGGGGGACCAUGGGGAAAUGGGCAUGGGGGAAUGGGCAUGGGGGAAUGGGCAUGGGAGAAUGGGGGCAUGGGGGAAUGGGCAUGGGGGAAUGGGCAUGGGGGAAUGGGCAUGGGGGAAUGGGCAUGGGGGAAUGGGCAUGGGGGAAUGGGCAUGGGGGAAUGGGCACGGGGGAAUGGGCAUGGGGGAAUGGGCAUGGGGGAAUGGGCAUGGGGGAAUGGGCAUGGGGGAAUGGGCAUGGGGGAAUGGGCAUGGGGGAAUGGGCGGAAUGGGGGAAUGGGCAUGGGGGAAUGGGCAUCGGUGGGCAUGGGGGAAUGGGCAUGGGGGAAUGGGCAUGGGGGAAUGGGCAUGGGGGAAUGGGCAUGGGGGAAUGGGCAUGGGGGAAUGGGCAUGGGGGAAUGGGCAUGGGGGAAUGGGCAUGGGGGAAUGGGCAUGGGGGAAUGGGCAUGGGGGAAUGGGCAUGGGGGAAUGGGCAUGGGGGAAUGGGCAUGGGGGAAUGGGCAUGGGGGAAUGGGCAUGGGGGAAUGGGCAUGGGGGAAUGGGCAUGGGGGAAUGGGCAUGGGGGAAUGGGCAUGGGGGAAUGGGCAUGGGGGAAUGGGCAUGGGGGAAUGGGCAUGGGGGAAUGGGCAUGGGGGAAUGGGCAUGGGGAAAAGGCCGCCAGCUGUACAUGAUCCGCACGGUGGAGCCGCUGGUGCCGCUGCCUGGCAGUGUGGCACCGUCCCCGGGCAUCCUGGCGGCCGUGCUGUGGCCGCAGCCCUUCCGCGAGGCACAGCUCGUGCUGCAGGCCGUGCCCGCCACCACCCCGCGCCCCAACGGCAGCCUGGGCGGUGGUGUGGCGGCGGGUGUGAGCUUGCACGGCGUGAGCAGCUGCCAGGUGGUGUGUGUGAGCGACGACAACAAGCUCUGGCACUGGCUCGCCAGCACUGCUCCCGUGCCGGGCGGCAAGGGGGCGGUGGGAGGAGCGGGGGACGGGGAGAAAGGGGAUGGUGGGGACGGUGGGGCAAGGGGCGGACGGGGGAGUGGGGGGUUGGAGCUGCUGGGCAUGUUCCACGGCUUCUCCUCCGCGCCCACCACGCUCUCCGUGCCCGCGCCCUCCCUCUUCUCCUGCGUCCCAGGGCUGAGCACGGCGACGGGGUCGCUGGCAGCAGCAGCGGUGCCGCUGGUGGCGGUGGCAACGCAAGAGGGCGGGGUGGAGCUGGUGGACACGGCCGUGCAUGCCAUCGCCGCCUCCUUCCUGCUGCACCCCUCCAUGGUGCGCGGCGUGCGCUGGCUCGGCAACACACGCCUCGUCUCCUUCUCCUUCAGCGAGGCAAAGGCGGGCGGGUACGAGAACAGGGUGGUGGUGACGUGCAUCCGCAGCGGCGAGUCUCGCCCCUUCCGCCAGCUGCAGCAGCCUGACAAGUCGCCCAUGAGGGGCCUCCGAGCCUCGCCCUCCGGCAGAUACUUGCUCAUCCUGUUCCGCGAUGCGCCGGCUGAAGUGUGGGCCAUGACUCGAACGCCCCAGAUGCUGCGCUCCCUGGCGCUGCCCUUCACGGUGAUGGAGUGGGCGCUGCCGCCCGUGCAGAGCCCCACGUCGCUCGACCCACACUCCGCCACGCAGCGCCACAUGCACGACGACGACUUCCCAGCGUCGCCAACAUCAGCGGCGCUGCUGGCAGCCACUCCGCGCUCCGCCUCAGACCCCAUAGAGUCCUUUGCCUUCGCACUCGUCAACGGCUCGCUUGGCGUCUUUGAGCUGCGCGGCAAGCGCGUGAGGGACUUCCGGCCCAAGUGGCCGUCAGCAUCGUUUGUGGCGGUGGACGUGCUGGUCACAGCCAUGGCGUACCGCACACCCGUCGUCGCGCUGGGGGACAAGGCGGGCGUGCUGCGGUGGUGGGACGUGGCGUCGGGGGCAGCAGGCACACACGCACUCAACCGAGGGGCCAUCCGACGGCUCAGAUUCGCCCCCACCCUCGUGAACUCGAGCAGCUGCGGUCGGAUUGCCGUCAUGUUCAACGAUUACACAUUUGCUCUCUUUGACCUGGACGAGGGAGAGUUUGUGCCGGGGGCGAUGCCCUCGGAGGCAGCGGCAUCGCUGCAGGUGUUGGAGAUGGACUGGCUGCCGCUGCAGGGGCCCUCGCCCACAGGGCCCUCUGCCGCCCGCCAGCUGCUGUGUGUGGCCGCUGCUGACGGCACCGUGCGCCUGCUCGACAUGGCCACGUGA